CUUUGUCUCGGGUCGAUGACCCGAACUUUAUCGGAAGAUACAUCACUGGAAAGUAAUGCAUCCGCAUCGCAGGCAUAUGAAAUACUGCAGAAUGAUCAAGUUGGCAGAUACAUGGUUGCGAGCAGAGAACUACAGGCUGCUGAAGAAAUUGUCACAGAGAUGCCGUUCGUCAUCGGACCUAAGGCGUGCACUUAUCCCUUGUGUCUCUCGUGCUAUACACCUUGGCCCCUUGAACCGGAUAACAAAUCACUAUGUUCUAAAUGCGGAUGGCCCGUCUGUGACCAGGACUGUGAGAAUGCUUUGCAACAUAAAGAUUACGAGUGCCAGGUGUUUACACAGGCGAACGAGAAGUUUAACGUAGACACCACACUAGAUGGUAACAGCGAAAACGGUGUUCCGCAAUUAGAAUGCAUAACGCCGUUGAGACUAUUGUUGGAGUCGGAGAGAAACGUUGCAAGGUGGAACAAGGAGGUAAAGAAUAUGGAGGCGCAUAAUAAGAUAAGAUGUCAGAAACCGCAAUGGAAGUCGGAUCAAGUCAAUAUCGUGGACUAUCUGAGAAAACGGCUCAAACUUGAUAGAUUCUCGGAGGAGUACAUACAAACGGCAUGCGGUAUUCUGGAGAUAAAUACGUUUGAAGUGCGGACACUAAAAGGAUUCGGUGCACGUGGCAUCUAUCCGAUAACUGCUAUGAUGAAUCACUCGUGCGUCUCCAACACGUCUCACAGCAUAUCGCCAGUGGAUUACAAGUUGCGACUGCGUACCACAGUUAAAAUUCCUGCAGGCGGUGAACUCAACGCGAGUUACACGCACUCGUUAUUGCCGACGAUGCUACGGAGAGAGCAUUUGCUCGAAGGCAAACACUUUGCGUGUGCUUGCCCCCGAUGUUCAGAUCCUACGGAACUGGGCACUCACAUGUCCUCACUGAAAUGCAACAAGUGCGACAACGGAAUCAUUUUGCCGCUGGAUUCUUUGGACUCGGAAAGUACAUGGAAGUGUACGCACUGCGAAUUUUCUACCAAUGGUCAGGCAGUACGAAAAAUUCUCCGAAUCAUUCAAGCGGAAGUAGAUACCGUUGAAGCUAUCAGUGGAGCCGACGGAGCCGAUGCAAUUCACCAAAGAGAAAUUGUAAUGAAAAAGUACCGAUCAGUUUUGCAUCCCCGUCAUGCCUUUCUCUCCAUGUUAAGGCACUCGUUGACUCAAAUGUACGGUCGGGUUAAUGAGUAUCUGUUGGAUGAUUUGCCGAUUAUUGUAUUGGAGCAUAAAGUCGAUAUGUGCCGUUUAUUACUUCAAGUACUGGAUGUUGUAGAACCUGGGUACAGUCGUGUAAGAGGUAUGACGUUAUACGAAUUACACGCACCGUUACUAUUUUUGGCGAAAGAUCAGUGGAAUGCCGGUGUCAUUGACGAAGCGGGACUGAAAUCCAAAAUGAUAGAAGCGGCAAAUAUUUUAAAAGAGGCGGCUACAAUAUUAAGCUUAGAGCCAUUGGAGACGCCCGAGGGACAAAUAGGACUCGUCGCAAAGGAGUCUAUAGUUCAACUGGAACAAUCCAUAAAUGAUUUAUAAAAAUCUGUCUGUUGUAAAACCUCGUUAUUUGAACAAAUUUAUUCUAUUAAUAACAUUAUAUUUUUUUCCAUAAUUACCAGCUUACUAUUUUUCAGAGAAUAGACACUUUGUUAGAAGAUUAUCCCAAUCGUUACAUACUAAUCAUUUCUCAUUAUUGUCCUUAAAGCAGAAAUUGUUAGCGGCCUGCAAAAGGGAAAUAACAUAUCUCUAUCCUUAGAAAAAGAUUGUACAAAAAGAUGCUAGAAACUUGUAAGGAAGUCUGUAAUGUUUUCAACAUAAUACAGCCGGACAUAUCGCACUUAGGUA